CCGCUGGGACUCGCGUUGGCCGCAGGCCGCUGGCCACUCGAGGCAGCCGAAGGCUUCAUCGGGCGCCCGGAGCACUGCGAUCGACGCGCUUCGAUCGCACGGGCAGCCGUUCGGAGCGACAGGGCCCGCUGGGCAGCCCAGCCACCCCAGGGUGGGGCGGAGGGCCGCGGCGGGCCGCCAUGAUCACGCGGAUAGCUAUGCUGCUCCUCGGAGUGCUGCUCCCGCAGCUGGCGGACGGCUGGACGCCGACGCGGCUCAUAGCCGUGCCGCUCACGGAGGCCUUCCGCCUCUCGCGGCCCUGGACGCUCACGAAGAACUGGUGCGACGUGGUGAAGGAGCCGGCCUGGCCCUUCGCCUACCAGAAGUGGGAGGGGAGUUUGUGGGAGCGGAAGGGCCGCACGAACCAGGAUCUCCAGGACAUGCGCCACGAGUGUAAUAUUAGGGGAUGUUCUUCCAAAUGCCAUAGGUGCGAAAAGAUCGCCUGCGGGUCCAAGAACCGGUACGAGUGCGACUACCAGAUCCAGGGCGCCCCGUCGUCGGAAAUGUCGAAGAACAUCCCCACGGCGUCCGAUUCACCUUGGAGUGUGAACGGCACGCAUCGCUAUGAUUUUGGGAACCCCCACACCAGUCAUGUGUGCGUCAUCACGUCGGGCUUCAACUGCACCGAUCCGUUAGCAAGGGACAUGUCGAAGUGCGCUACCAGAUGUUGGGGCUGGGGCGGCGGGCGCGCGACACCAGGGACGCACUUGGAGGACCAGCCCGGCUCCGGUAUUAAUACCGAUGCAAUCAGAUUAGUCGACGGCGAGGAGUGGGUCGCGACCGACAAGUGGGAAUAUGCUAGAAGAGCGGAAGCCCAGGGCCAAGUGACCACUCUGGCCGGUCACUCAUCAGAGGAGGGUUAUGCGGAUGGAUGUGGAACUAAUGCGAAGUUCAAAGACCCGUCUGGCGUGGCCGUCGACGCUGACCGAUAUGUGUAUGUUGCCGAUAGUGGGAAUCACGCGCUGCGAAGGAUCGACGCGUCGGGAUGCGUGAUCACGCUCGUUGGGUCAGUGCCACCUCAUCGGCAGAAGGGAGACAAAAACGGAGCUGGCAGUACAGCAAGACUCUCGUCACCGAGGGCCGUCGCGAUAACCUACGACGGUACCUGGGGCGACCCCGACGCACUCGUCAUAUAUUUGGCGGACACGGACAACCACAGGAUCCGCAAGGUCACGGGGGGCGGCAUCGCUUCGCCUACGAACGUCCAAGUGACGUGUUUCGCCGGAAGGUGCGGCAAGGGUACCAAUGACUAUCGAGAUUCGUUGCAGGACGCGGCGCCGGAGCCGGGCUACGCCGACGGCUUUGGGACCUUCGCGCGCUUCGACGCGCCGCGCGGCUUGGCCGUGCACCACGAGAGCGGGGACCUCAUAGUAGCAGACACGAACAACCACGCGAUCCGCAAGAUCAACGCGACGCGGUUUGUGUUUACCAUUGCGGGACAAAUUGUGAGGAAGAAUGUGGAAGAGGGCUGUCCCCCUCCUUGUGUUCGUGGUGUCCCGGGGUAUCGGGACGGGAACUCUUCCAUAGCUCGCUUCGAGUACCCGAAAAGUGUGGCCAUCGACGAACCCUCAUCAAGACAUGCUUCGACCACCGACUAUGUGACAUCCGGUAAAACGAAAGUGACGGCGUACACGGUCAUUGUCGCCGAUUCUCGACGAGUGAGGAGAGUUAUUCCUGGUAGUGGCGGACCGGCUUCAGAUGUAUAUGAGUUCGACGGCGGCGUGAUUUCCACGAACGGUCAAGUGGUGACCGUGGCUGGAAGUGGCUUGCGGGGCCCUCGCGACGGUGCGGCGGAUGAAGCGACGUUCGACGAACCGAGCGGCGUCGUCGUCUCGCACGACGGCCACGUCUACGUGUCGGAUGGUGGGGGUUGUCGUAUUAGAAGGACCUCCCCACCGAAGCGAGCAGUAGCUGAUUUAGAUGAAAUCAAGCCGGUGCCGUCGGUCUGCGAUGUCCGGUUAGUCGAUGUUUUGAGGCCGGACGGCUGCCAGUCGUACGACGCGCCCGUCGGUGCGCGCGACCUGAAGGCGACCCCCAGGAUGGGCCACGUCCACUACAACUUCGAGCAGCGCUGGGACCAGAUCUAUCCUAAGCGCUCUGAAGACGACGGCCCCGAGCCCUUCGGGCGGGCCAUGAGGAACUGCGUCGGGAGUCCGCCGCCCGACCGGUCUGAAAAAAGGGCCUGGGAGUCGGGACUGAAUCUGGCCGUGGACGACGAGCGCUGGGAUUUGAAUGAGGACACGCACGAGGGGACGACCUACAAAUUCAAGUGCCCCGCCGGGUGCCUUUACAGUGAGUCGUUCAACAUGUUGGACAUCGUCGGCGCCAUGCCCGGCUACUACGCGGACACCGUGCCCUUAUGCGCGGCGGCGGCGCAUAGCGGUGUCAUCAGGGAUGCGGAAGGCGGCUAUUUCGUGGUCCAUGUCAAACACGGCGGCAUCGCGCCGCACGCCUUCACGAACGACACGUGGGCCAACGGCUUCGACGCCAACAGUUUCGCGCCGUCGCGAUCGCCUACUUCGUCUGCUCCUACCAAUUAUUCGUCGCAUGAUCCUACCUCAGCUCCUACGAGGCUACCUACGGCAUUACCGACGCCGGCGCCCAAUACAUUGGUAGCACCAACAGCCAUGCCCUUCAUCCCGCCGUCAUCACAACCCUCACCGGUGCCAACAUCAAUACCGACGACGCCGCCCUCAUCGGUCCCGACGUCGCCGCCGUCCCACGAACCGACCUACGUGACCUGGCAACCCACAUCAGCGCCGACGUCGCUACCUACUUCAGAGCCCACAACUUGGCGGACGCAGCCGCCGACCCAAGUCCCGGCGCCCGAACCGUCGCGAGUACCAACCGCGCAGCCCUCGAGGACGCCGACAACGCCGCCCUCACCACUACCCUCGUCAACACCUUCUUCGGUUCCAACCUCCGAGCCGUCGUCCCAACCCUCGCGCGUGCCGACGGCGCCGCCGUCACCGGCUCCCUCCGCACUGCCAACAGUAACAUUGAAACCGACGUUCUUCGGCGGCAGUCCGCAGCCGUCCAUGGUGCCCACCACACCACCGUCCGCCGAACCCACGGUCCUGCCGUCGGCCGAACCGACGCCCAAAAGAACGGCAAGGCCCACAAUAGCACCGACGGUCUUUACGAGAGAUCGAACUGGGAAUAGCACCGGAGUCAUGGCCACGCUCUAUGGUUCCUGGGACGAAGGCGGUCCUUAUAAAGUGGAAAGGUUGCUCAUGUUCGAACCGUAUCACGACUACGGGCCCUGGGAGGUGCAGACCAUCGCCGGCGUCGCGCGAGCGCCCCUCGAACGGGCUUGCGGUUUUGCGGACGGCUAUCCCCCGCUAGCCGCAGCUUUUGAUCGGCCCGCCGCUAUCGCUUUAUAUCAAGGCAAACCGUCCCUCCAACUGGCCAACGAGUCCAUAUAUGUCGCCGACGCGGGCAACAACGUCAUCCGCAAGAUCACGGCGGUCUGUAGCCAACCGUGCGAGAACGGCGGGGUUUGUAUUGGACCGGAGAAGUGUCAGUGCCAGGAGGGCUGGGGCGGGAGUGACUGCGCCGCGCCGAUCUGUACCGCUGCUGCGAAGUUGCUGAAUUUUGGCGCGUCGAUUGUUGAAUUUGCCGGCUUUUCGCGGCGUCGAUUGCUGAUGGCUACCGAAGCACCUUCAGCAGUACCGACGUCGUAUCCCUCGGCAUCCCCAUAUCCGACGCGCAUAGAUACGAAACCUCCCGUACCGGCGGCUGGUGUCCUCUGUUCGUCCGUAAAACGGUCGGUCUGCGUCGGCCCCGACGCCUGUGCUUGCUCACCAGGAUGGUCGGGAGCCGACUGCCAGACGCCGCUCUGCGUCCAGGAGUGCGCGAAUCGCGGAGAAUGCGUCGCGCCGGACACGUGCGCGUGCAAGUACGGGUGGUUCGACGCGAAUUGCACGACGCCCGUCUGCGCGACGACGUGCGGCAACGGCGGCAACUGCACGGGGCCGGACACGUGCACGUGCCCGUCGCAGUGGAGUGGCGAGGACUGCCGCGCACCGGUCUGUGACCAGGAAUGCAAGAACGGCGGGCGGUGCGUCGCGCCAAAUACCUGUCAAUGUCCCCCGCAGUGGCACGGCCACGACUGCGGGUUGCCCGUGUGUCAUCAGGGCGAAUUUAAAGCUUAUGGGACGACGCAGGCCGGGCCUCGCGUGUCCGAAGACCAAUCGAUUGGUUUGGACGUGCGACCGCGAACGUGGGCCAUGUAUAGACCUUGUUUUUUCAAGGAGUGGUGCAACGCGACGAAAGGCUUUGAUUGUGCGCAACCGGAACGGACCUAUACGAUCAUGGAGGCCAAGUCCGGUCCGAACUACUUGCAUGUGACCGGUUUCCGGAACCGACCCAAGAGAUGCGACAGUUUCGAGGUGCGAGAGGACGCCUGGACGCAGUUCCAAUAUUCAACAGCGACGAACAAGACGACGGCGUUCAUGCGCUACUACACGGGCGGCCCCUACAACUGGAACGCGACGGGCUGGCCGUGGAAAGCGCCGAUCGGGCCGAUGAUUGGGGGGAAGGACCGCACGCGGCCCUGGAACCACGCGAGUGACAGGCAGGUGGCGUUCUUCGAAUUGCACAACGUCACGCAGGGCGUUUAUGUCUGUGCGAACCACGGCAACUGCACCGCUCCGGACGUCUGUCGGUGCGAGGAGGGCUGGGGCGGCUUCGAUUGUCGAACGCCGAUCUGCACGCAGGGCUACUACUUUCCGGAGCAAGAGAAAUUUGUCUCCGGCACCGAGAAGACGACGGAAUUAUCGAAUUUCGACUGGGCGCUCGACCAGAACAUGUCGGCCCAUCGGCGGGACUGGCCUUAUAGCAAUCCUGAUUUCGUGUUAGAUGAAGAAGUGUUUGCCGAUCAUAAAACUUUAGUGAGGACGGAAGUGACCCAUCCGGGUGUCAGAUACUUGUACGAGCACGGCCCGCAGGGCGGCUACAGGUGUUCUAUUCGGGCGUUCACGCUCUGGGAGAAGCCGGGCACCGUCUACGACCACUUUAACUUCUACAGUCGCUACAUGAACUCCGAGAAGCAGCUCAAUGGUAUCACUUAUACCUAUUGGGACGACGGCAUGGAGUGGCCGCCGACGCACGCCGCCACGGCCAAGCUCGAUAUCACGCAUACGUUGUAUGAAGGUACAAGGGCCGAACAAGAGGUCACGUACGUCUACACGAACGAGGGCCAUCGCCGCGACGGCGUCUGGAUCACGACCAAUAAUACGUGGGAGUACGGGACCUGCCUCAUGGAGUUUAAGAGGGUCUGUCCCAACCCGGAUCAUCCCGACAUUGGGGUCCUCGAUGAUGAUCUAGGUGUGCCCGAGUUCCACGUCCCCGACACGCGUAGCAAGGCUCGCGCGUUUGUUGAUGGUUCUCAGCAACAGCGAAUAGGUGGCAUCACGCCACCAACUAUGAGUGAUGUGGCGGUGCAAGAUACUGAUUUCGCCUACCGCCCUCGGAUUACGUAUGAUGAUGCUAGGGCGUAUGGGUUUGAGUCCGCCUGGACGUCCAUCGGCGGCGAAUGUGUGGAUGAGGUCCUGCGGGGCUGCUACAACAACGGCACGUGCGUGGCCCCAGACACCUGUAGAUGCGCGGACGGCUGGAGCGGCCACGACUGUUCCGUGCCGGUCUGCGACGAGCCGUGCCAGCACAACGGGAACUGCACGAUGCCCGGUGCGGACGCGGCGUCCGUUCUUUUCGCCUCGACGCCCUCGGCGUGGUCGCAUGAGAGCCUACCGCUUCCCCUGUACGCCAUCGACGUGACGUCGGCUCGAUGGCGUCGCGGUGGACUUACACACAGUCUCGUGAGUGAACGGAGGCAGUGUCGCGACGGCGUCCGUGCCACGCAGGCGAGUGCACCUGCGAGUCCGGCUGGGAGGGCCAGUACUGCGACCGGCCCGUCUGCGCGCAAGAAUGCUACCACAACGGCGAGUGCGUCGCGCCCGACACGUGCAAGUGCAAGCUCUGGGACUCGACGUGGCCUUCCGGCCAUACGGUGAAGAGACCGCUCUUCCGAAAACCGAACGGCGACCCGCAGAAGACGGGCUGGACGGGUUUUGAUUGUGCCACUCCCAUCUGCACCCAAGCGGAAAAGUUCACGCUCAAUGCGGGGCCUGCCGCGGACAUCCGCGAGAAGUUGUUGAGCGAGGCGGUCGUCACGGAUCCCGGCGCGCUGAAGGACCAGACGAUAACAUUGGCAGGAGGCGGCCGGGACCCGAUCGGCUGCGCCGGCAAGAAGCAGGACCCCUGCGAGAAGAACGCGACGUGCUCCUGGCAGGCCCAGACGAAGUUAUGUCUAGAGUUAAGAUCCGUCUUAUACACGGAGCUGGGCGGGCGCGGUUACGACGGUAGGGAGGACAUUAUCCGGUUCGACAACCAGGGUAACGAAUACCGCGUGAAGAAGUGCGGUGCCAAUGAUCCUGAAACUGGACUGCCGGUCGCCAUGCCGCGGUGCCCGUCCUACGACCGCAUGGUCGUCAGCAACGUGGGCGAGUCGUUCCCGAAGGGUUGUGGGUAUGAUGUAUUAGAUACGGGCUGCUGCACGCGCUACUGGCAGACUCGGUCAGUCUUCGAGGACUACUUCGCGAACCGCUUCGCGGAAGAAGGCAUCCUCAAGGAUCCCAAUGACCCGGACUUCAAAGACGUCGGUGCGUAUGAUUGUAUCAGUUGUCCCGGGUCGUCGUGGUCCGGGGAGUUGAGGAGAGCGGAUCGAGUGUUUGACACGGAUCCGGCUUCGCCGUCCUACGGUAAACUGAAACAAGAUGGUCGUAAGUUAUAUGAGUACGACGAGCGCGGCGUUUUGGUCAAUUUCACGUGUGCUGCUGCUUCUAUGUUGCAAGGUGCUAGAGAGGUCUUCUGGGGCGAAUGCCAGAGCCCGGCCUGCGGGGAAAUUGUGGAGAACGGCAUCGUCGUGUCCAAAGCGAAGAAUUGUGAGCAAAGCGACUCCCCCUGUAAAGACGAAUGGCUUUUAAAAAGAGUCGGCUACGUGUCGGCCGCCGAACAAUACCAGGCCCAGACCUACGAAAGUAUCUGCGCCGAGCCGGGGACCUGCACGGAGCCGGCGACGGGCGGUCCGGGGGACUGCGCCGCGAAUUUCGACGACCACGCGAAGGGCGGGGCGUCGAGGUGCCCCGCGCCCUGUGUUUAUACCACAACAGGACCGGGCACGUGCGACGAGAUGUUCCACGAGCAGGCCGCGGCGGGCUUUACCGGAGAAGCUAGGUGUGAUGUGGCCGCCGGCUGCUUGUACACCGAAGCGACCUGCGAGGACCGGCAUAAGCAGACCUGCUUUACCGGCAUCCCGCGCUACACCUACAACCAAGUCCCCGACGAGUUCUAUACGGGACGAUUGGGCUCCCAACAAAUCCGCAUCUGCGGCCCGACGCAGAUGCAGAUGGACUGGCAGGAGGUCUACAAGAAGCGGCCCCAGUACGAUUCUGGUAGAAGGGAUGACCCAAAAACCAAUUCGACGUCGCACCAGUUUUUGUGUGGCAUGACGGAGUGGUGGCAAGGGGACUACGUCGACGACGCGGGGCUCUGUGAUGAUGGAGGGGCCUGCGAGCGAGCGGAUGGUGUGGGCAUCGAGUACGGCAUCGGGCCGAGUGAUGCGAAGGGCAUCGAAGACGCGCCGAUGCAGCGCUUCGAGAUCGGGCGGCACAUUAGAAUUAAUACGCCGAACAUCACGAAGAUCGAGGGCGGCGAGGGCGAGGAGGACCAGUGGUACUACGGCGAGCCGAUUCGUGGGGAAGGCAUGUAUGAGUGCUUCGGCGGCGGCACAUGUAUAGCCCCGGACGUCUGCACGUGCAAGGACGGUUACGGUGGCUUCGACUGCCGGACGCCGCUCUGCCGCCACCUCCAGUAUCCCGACGAACAGGUCGCGGCGUGCGAGAACGGUGGUGUUUGCAAGGAGAAGGACACAUGUGAGUGCGUCACCGCACUCAGUGUCUUGCACGAGAAAUUCCCCAAUGCGCCGGGCGGAGCGACGGGUUGGCAGGGCACGGACUGCACGAUGCCGAUAUGCGUGCAGGGCUAUUUCGACCCCUUCUGUAGCGGUCCCAUCAAGGGAAUACCGCAAGCGCCGGGCGGCGAGGGCUGCUACCGUUGUCCCAAUGGGGGCUACUGCACGGCGCCGGACACCUGUACCUGCACCGAAGGCUGGACGGGCUACGACUGCCGCACGCCCGUCUGCGAGCGCGUCGCUACCCCUCUCGAGCGGCGCCAGCUCAUGACCUUCGACGAGAACAAGGUCGACGCCUUCGAGAAGAGCCCGUGCGGCCUGAUCGGCAUCUGGCCGCUGCGGCCGGUGCCCGACGAGUUCCGGGGCGCGCCGGGCGAACCGGGCGGCUACUACGCCUCGCGCGGGAAUUGUACCGCGCCCAACGAGUGCACGUGCUGGUGCAAAGCCAAGUACAUCGAGAAUAUCUGCAUGAGGAAGGGCGGCAUUGGCAUAUUCGGGCCGUGGACGGCGCAUCGCGAGUGCCGGGGCCCGUUCCAGGACCUCUUGGGCAAGGGCCCGGCCUUUGCCGUGAUGGACAUGGUCAACUACCGCAAUCUGUUGGAUCCUGAUGAAAUGUUCGGGACGAGGAGCUGCCGGCGCGGGUUCGAAGGGACCGUCAACGAAACGCGAUUUUGCCCGCGUCUCGUUACGUCGAUGGCGUGGAGGCUCACCGAUCGAUUCCCACAGGUAUGAUAGGUAUAUGAGCUGUCACAUGCUCAUCAAAAUCCCCUCGAGCUUCGAAGCCUGGACGCUGACGUGGCUCAUCGUUAUCAGCAUGUUCAUCGGGAUGGUGACGGUGACCUACUUCUACAUCCGGCGAAAGAUGAAACGAAAAUACCUCCUCGCGAAGAUCGAGCGGCGACGGUCGCGCCGCUCGUCCGAGGAGUCCGCGCGGAACUCGCAGCAGGCGGACGCGUUCAAGGUUACGUAGGGUCGUAACUUUCUUAUCUGUGAA